AUGCCUUCCGAAAAAUUCAGAAUUACCACCAAUGGACAAUCGUUACGUAAUCCUAACAAUGGGUUUUUUGGCAUGACUCUUUCAGCCAACAUGACACUCGACGAAAGUAGCGAUACAUCAGCUCAUAAUGACAGACGAUCUGCUCAUAACGCUCUGGAACGACAACGCCGAGAGCAUUUGAACGUUAAAUUCCAACAGUUGGCACACGCAUUACCUGCGCUCUCCACGGUGCGUCGACCUAGCAAAACUAUGAUUGUAGCCAAAUCACUCGAGUUUGUCUCGUCUAGCUUGAAGCGAGAAUCGACAUUCAUGACAGAAAUCCAAAAGCUGCGCGUAGAGAAUGAAAAGCUACGAAAGCAAGCAGAAGCCAACUCGAUACAGUUAAAGAAGCAAAUGGAGGAAGACGAGACCAACAAGAAUAAGAAGAGAAAGGCCAGUGUAGAUAUACAAAAUCAGCAAGAGAUUUCGCCACCAUGCACGCCUGAAAAGAAGCGAAAGAAGAUGACGAUGGUGAAACAAACCAAGUCACCACUUGCAGUGAAAAGAGAAGAAAGCAACAUAUUAUUAUCAUCCACCACAACAGCAACCACAUCACCAUGGACACCUGUCCUUGACACUACAUUGAAUUCAUACCCAUCUUCAUCCCCACCUAAUUAUUUUGAUACAACUUAUACCACAUCCCCCACAAGUCAAAAUAUGCUUUAUAUGACACCUCAGCAUGUCGAUCUUUAUGAAAAUAACAUGUCGGUUUAUCACAACAUGAUGAAUCCCAUGUUACUCUCUCCUUACUUUGUCCCUACAAGCGACAACACUACAGAAGGUAAUAAUCAUAAAAAAAAAAAAAGCCUCUUUUUUUAUUUUUUUAUAUAUGUUUACAAUACGAUUUUCUAA